AAUAAAAUAAUUAUUCCAAUAAAUAUUAAUGGUAUCAUAUUAUUAUAUUAAUAAUAUUUACUUUGUAACUUGGAAUCAGUUCUAUUCUAUACUUCCUUGGAAAAUCCCUCUGUACGGUGCACGCCUCCGCGCCCGCAGCCGCCAAGUCCAAGUCCACCACACAGCCACUACUUCACCGGCCAGUCGUCAUCCGCCACGUCAACCAUCGUCCCGUGACCGUGAUGAGGUGGCAAGUGAAGACUGCUUUUGUAGGUGAAGGACGGGUGCACCCUCCGCACGGAAUAAAAGCCCUCGUGGCUUUAAAUAUGGAAGCGCUGACGUGUCGAUCGGGCGAUGCUCCGUCUCGGACAAAUCGUAAAAUACACGAAGAACACAACACAAAGUCGAUAACCCUUAAGAUUAAAGUUUAAACCCCACGCAGAGACAGAGCCUCCCCCAAACCACCACCGUCCCUGCUCCUCAACGCUGAUCAAUCACCGACGUCCAUCUCCAUCACCAUGACGGGACCCGUACAGCAACCAUAUCCCUCUGUCACCGCCACCGCCACAGCCACCGACGACGGCGUCCCCAUCCAACAGUCCAAGCUGCCGGUGGACUUCAGCCCGCCGCUGAUCGCCAUGGUGGUGGUCGUCGCCGCCGCGUUCCUCCUCGUCACUUACUCUCGCCUCAUUUCCCGUCACCUCCUCCCGCCCUUCAUCCGCCUGUGGAGGCGGUGGCGUCGCAGGAGACGGCUCCGACGCCUCCGCGCGCCGUCGUCCGGAGACAUCGAGUCGCCUCCGUUCAGCGACGCGUUCCAGCUGGCGGACGGAUUCCACGUGUACUCCCCGUACGGCCUCGACGAGUCCGUCAUCAAGACCCUACCGCUCUCCGUGUACACCGCCAAGGGCGCCGCCAGGCACGGCGGCCGGAGCCACGAGUGCGCCGUCUGCCUUCUGGAGUUUGAGGACGACGACUACGUCCGUACGCUUCCGGUUUGUUCCCACGCGUUUCACGUGGACUGCAUCGAUAUAUGGCUAAGGUCUCACGCCAACUGUCCUCUCUGUCGCGCGGGAAUAUUCCGGCCGGAGUCUCCGUUUAUUCCAGUGAUGGCAGCCAGAAUCCGGCCGAGCCUGGAUGACGGAAUACUGGAGAGCAUCAUCCUCGGCCAGCUCGGCGAAUCCGCCGUUCCGGAGUCGGAAACGAGCGUCGCCGAAAUCCGGCCGUUCGUUGAAGGGCCGUCGCCGAGAAGAACCCAAUCGGAGGACCGAUUCAACGGGAGAGAUUUCCUGCUGAAGCGGUCGUACUCGUUUGGAUUCGAGCGUAACUUCCCGUCGGAGCGGCUGGUGCUGGAGCCGGCGACGGCAUCGCCGUGGCGGUAUCGGCGGAGCAGCUUCUGGGGCAAGCGGCCGUCGCCGUUCGGGUCCCUGACGAAGUCUAGGGUAUUCUCUUUCAGGUACUACAGAGGCAUGAAGUCGCCGUUCUUCCGUCGGAGAAGCAGCGCCGGAGGAGUGUUCUUCCCACUUUCUGAGUCCAGCGUGAGGUUUGCCGGCGGCGGGGGUUCGUCUAGUAGAAGCAAGUCGAUGACGAGUCCAAUGUUCGGGCGGCCAGCGGCGGCGAUGGCGUUCUCGUCGAGCAGGCUGCGGUGCGGUGACCCGGAGGCGCUGCUCUCGCCGGAAAGAUACAACAACAGAAGGUAGGUGGGUAAAAGUAAAUCGGCAGGAUGGAAAUGAAGAAACCUAAUCUGGGUGGCCGCCGGCGGCCGUGGGUCGGGUAGAGGGGUGUGUCGGGCGGCUUUAAUGGAGGGUUUGCGGAGGGGAAUUAAUGAGGCAGGGGGGAUAGUGGCAGCUGGUCCUGCAUGUGGGCUGUGGAGGUCAUUAGGGCAUUAAUGGGAUGUGGGUGGGGAAGACCAAUCAAUGAGCAAAAUUGACGAGAGAUAAAGAGGGAGCUGCACAGGCAGGCUGCAUCAAUGCAAAGGCAGCUCUCUCUCUCUCUCUCCGUAUUUGAAUUGAAGUUUGGAGUUUGGAAGUGGGAGAAGCAGAUCAUAAAUGCUAGAGAAAGGGGGGGAGGGGGUUGCAAUGGGAAAGUGGAUACUGAUGGGAUUUGGGUCAUUUGGCAUCCAUAUCCAUUAGGGUUGGUGCUGGUCCUUUAUUUUUUUGGGGGUCUCUGUUCGCUGAGAAAAUAUAAUAUUUCUCAGAUUCAAACUUCUUUGGAGACCAUUUUUAAAUCCAAAUGUAAUAAAAUAAUUACAGAGAAAUGAGUUUAUGUCUUGAUCCGUCCAA